CAAUCCGCUCUAUCACAUCCUAUAUUCACAUCGGGUAUUCCUGCAUCUAAGCGCAGACACCUCUCGCCAAAAUGCAGCCGCCAGCAAUAUACAAUCAUCACCGUCUCCCACCAGCAGGCACGCCAUCACAACCCAGCGUCCUGGCGCAACCGUCCACUGCAAGAUUAAAUGAGCUAUUCGAUCUCAUCAGACAGGAGUACGAGACAUUGGGAACGGAUGGCAAUAUCUGGAAACAGCAGAGAGACGAGUACGAGGCGAAGGUACAAUCACAAAUCAAUGAGCUGGGAAUGAUCAGACAAUCUCUCUACGAACUCGAGGCUAACCAUGCCAAGAUUCGUCAAGAGUACGAAACAGAAAUCGCAAGGUUGAGACGUGAGCUUGAGAGUCGUGGUGGACCCAGUUCUUCAGCGCCUUCUGGAGCCGCUGCCGCCCUCAACAACCCUUCUUCACCAUCAGAUUUGCAUCGGCCUGGUGAAGAUAGGCCGCCUUUCGGUAUGACUCUGCCCGGCCCUACUCUCAAUGGUUUAGAUGCUGGUCGAUCCCGCUCACCCUAUCCUAAUCCCACCGCUGGCCCUCCCAUCCUUCGUCCCCCUUCCGCAGCAGACCGUGACCGUGAAAGGCGCAUCACACGUCCACCCCAAUUCAACGCCCCUCCUUCCCCACCCGUCCACUUGUCCGAUCUUGAUCCCGACAAUGUAUCAAGAGAACUGAGAAAAGAGGGCUCGGAUUGGCAAGCGAUGUGGAGUAGUCAGAUGAGAAAGCAGUUGGACGUGACUUUGGUGCACACGCUCGAGCAUGAGACUGUCGUUUGCUGUGUCAAAUUCUCAAAUGAUGGAAAGUACCUUGCAACGGGAUGCAACAGGACGGCGCAAAUCUACGAUGUCAAGACUGGCGCACGAGUAUCGACCCUCCAAGAUGAUUUGGCCAAUCGCACUGGCGAUCUGUAUAUCCGGAGCAUAUGUUUCUCCCCUGAUGGCAAAUUUCUCGCCACCGGUGCUGAGGACCGACAGAUUCGAAUUUGGGAUCUUAAGCAACGACGCAUUUGCCACCUUCUCCAAGGUCACAUGCAAGAAAUCUAUUCUCUCGAUUUUUCCCGUGAUGGUCGAUUCCUUGUUUCCGGUUCCGGUGACAAGUCUGCUAGGAUCUGGGAUGUUGAGAAGGGCACUUGCGUGUUCAAUUUGCAGAUUGAAGACUUUAUUCACAAUGAGCAUGGACCGAUUGAUGCAGGUAUUACUUCUGUCGCUUUGUCUCCGGAUGGGAAACUUGUCGCUGCAGGAUCUCUGGACACGAUGGUCCGGGUGUGGAAUGUUUCUACAGGUCAGCAGGUUGAGCGACUGAAGGGUCACAAGGAUUCAGUCUACAGUGUUGCAUUCUCUCCGGAUGGAAAAUGUCUUGUUUCUGGCUCUCUGGACCGGACUUUGAGAAUUUGGGAUUUGACUGGUACAAAGCGAGAGGUAGAGUCUCUUCCCCCAGGAAAAGAGGCUCAAAAGAACCUGGGUACUUGUCAAUCUACUCUUAACGGACACAAGGACUAUGUUCUCUCCGUCGCCAUUUCACCUGACGGCCAGUGGGUCGUCUCCGGUUCUAAAGACCGUUCCAUUCAAUUUUGGCACAUUUCUACCGGUCAAGCCCAACUUAUGCUCCAAGGCCACAAGAACUCUGUCAUCUCUAUCGAUCUCGCGAGGAGUGGAGGGUAUCUUGCGAGUGGAAGUGGUGAUUGUAUGGCGAGGAUCUGGAAGUACGAGCCCAUUCCUGGGAGAGAUUAAAGACAUUGUCGUGUGGUGCGGGGUGAGUCUCCCCAGGCAGUAGCGCUUAGUGCACGCUAUAAGGUUAGAAGCUACAGAGUACAAGGUAGAGAGCUCAGAUUUGACGUAAAAAGUUAGAGAAAGGAGAAGAAAAGCGACAACGAAGAAACAGGGCUUUGAAGGAUCGGGGCGUAGUUGUAGGGUUGCUUGUAAUCGAGGAGUGUUCUCUCAGAUACGGUAUACGCGUAGUAUAUACAUCAGAAUCUUUUUUGAUUCGUUUUUGUCCUUCGGGCGCGGGUAGUUUGUGUUACGGAUGAAUCUUUUCCAUAAUCAAACUGUGUGGUAGAGCCAUAGCGUAGUCAGUAGCGUUAUUUUUGUUUGCCGUAUUAUCAAUGUAAGACAUAAAAGGUCCCGU